UCCGGAAGUCGGUGCCGUCUGAGCGAGAGGCAGACCAGUUCUCGCGAGAUGUGACGGCAGUCGUGGGAUUUGGCCCGCAGAAAGGUUUAGCCAGGGGGGUAUAAAAGGAUCGUCUGAAUAUGAGUGAUGACAAACCAUUUGUAUGCACUGCUCCUGGAUGUGGUCAGCGUUUCACCAAUGAAGACCACUUGGCCGUCCAUAAACACAAACAUGAGAUGACACUGAAGUUCGGUCCAGCGCGAAAUGACAGUGUCAUCGUAGCUGACCAAACACCGACGCCCACCCGCUUUUUGAAAAACUGUGAAGAAGUGGGACUCUUUAACGAACUCGCCAGUCCGUUCGAGCAUGACUUCAAAAAGGCGACAGAAGACGAUAUUAAAAAGCUACCCUUGGAUCUGUCACCACUUACAACACCUGUUGUGAGAAACAAAACUGAGGAGCCAUCAUCUGUGCAGGCACAUCGUGACAGCCCUUUGCCCCACCCAGAGUCCACUACCAGUGAUGACAAGGAGGUUUCCUUACAGUCGGCUCCUCAGCCCACAUCCACAAUACUCCGUCCAGCAUCCCUCCAAGUUCCCAGUGUCCUCCUGGCAAGCUCUGACGCGGGCGUGGUGAUACAGCAGGCCCUUCCAUCCCCAACAUCCAGCUCUGUAAUCACACAAGUUCCGUCCUCUAACCGACCCGUAGUCCCAGUGUCUGGCACAUUCCCAGUGCUCCUGCAGCUUCCCAAUGGACAGACAAUGCCAGUUGCCAUCCCAGCAUCCAUUGCAAACCCAAGCGUGCAUAUUCCCACUGCCAUCCCGCUUGUCAGACCUGUCACCGUAGUGCCUAACGUCCCAGGGAUCCCGGGGCCCUCCUCCCCACAGCCCGUCCAAUCAGAAGCUAAAAUGAGACUGAAGGCGGCACUGACGCAGCAGCACCCUCAGGUAACCAAUGGAGACGCGGGCGACGUCCCCAACAGCGCGGCCGCAGAGGCCCCUGCCCCCCUGCCUGCCCCCGCACCCCCCCCGGCUCCAGCCAAACCAGAGGAGCCCUGCCCACAGUCGCUGCAGCAGCCUGCCACCUCCACUACAGAGACACCUGCCUCGCCGGCGCCCCCUGCCCAGCACACUCCCAGCACGGGCGGCCGGCGGCGCAGGGCCACCAGCGAGGACCCAGACGAGAAGAGGCGCAAGUUCCUGGAGCGCAACCGGGCCGCAGCGUCGCGCUGCCGACAGAAGAGGAAGGUGUGGGUGCAGUCGUUGGAGAAAAAGGCGGAAGACCUGAGCUCCAUGAACGUGCAGCUGCAGAAUGAAGUCACCCUGCUGAGGAAUGAGGUUGCACAGCUGAAGCAGCUUCUCCUGGCCCAUAAAGACUGCCCCGUGACAGCCAUGCAGAAGAAGUCCGCCUAUCACAACGCUGAGAAGGAGGACAGCUGUGAAGACAUGUCAGUGCCGAGCAGCCCCCAGUCGGAGGUCAUCCAGCACAGCUCAGUCAGCACCUCGAACGGGGUUGGCUCCUCCUCCCUGACCCUGGCUCGCCGGGCCCCCGCCCCCGCAGCGGACCACAGCACAGAGGAAGCCCAGUCACAGCUGGGGGUGGAACUUCCCCCCCAAACGCAGUCCUCAGGAAGCUGAUUGAACAGGCUUGAAGAGUUAUGGCGUGCUUGGCAGGCAGGAGGGAUCUCGUUUCUCCUCCAUUUUGGGGAACGCUGAAAUGCUGAAUUCCUGUCUUACUUUUGUUUUUUGUUUUUUUUUUGCUUUUUUUGUUGUUUUUUUACUGGUAAACAUUAUAUUUCUGUUCUUUAACACCAAAUGCAUCUCACCUGAAGUGAUAAGAGAUGCUGCAAUGGCACUUUCUUGGUGGAUUGAAAAUCAAACUGAUUGUAUUUUUUGCUCUCCUCCUCGGUCAACAUUUACUGUAUUUAUUUGACUGAAUAUUUCCAUCUUCUGGUUUGGAAAUUUUCAAAUGCUGUAAGGCGUCCCGUUUCAAGUCGAAAUGGAUUGAACAGUGCGUAGUUAACGAGACAUUCCUACCAAAGUGUGUCGUGUGGCUCAGUUCAAAAUGUCUCUAUCCGUCGCUCUCUUAACGCACUAUCUGGAAUGAGAAUGACGUGGGAGGAUUUUCUUUUUUUUUUUGUUGUUAUUUUUAUGCUGUUUCUAUUUUGCACAUGUGAAGAAAAUAGGGGUCGUGCUCCAGAGUGUCUGACUGCUCACCUGUUAUGCAUCUGCAGUUUUUAGGAGUAGAGUUGAAUACGUGUCUUGCUGCGGUCUGGGCUGAGUCUGAUGUUGUGUUGUGUAUAGGACUGAUCCAGCUUCUCCUUUCCGGAGCACUGUUGCCGAAACGUCAGGAAACGCCUCCGUCGAUGAAGUAGUUUUAAGAAGGGACUUUGGUUAGAAACGUGUGCUGAACAGCAAACGCUUUGACUUACAUUCCAUAUGUAGUUGGGUUGUUACAGAUGCAGCGAUUGUAGUUUACAGUACUUAUUUCCCCGUCAUCCGAACAUCUCCUCAAUGGCUUCUUAACUAAACGUGCCAUUAAUGUUUAUUACUGGAUUGCUAAGGUUUCUGUUUGUUGUAUGGGUUACAAAAACCACCAUUACUGUGUUCCUGAUGUUAGGGUGUUCAGUACAUUGAAUUUUAAUUUAAUUUUAAUUUUUAUUUAUUAUUUUUUUUAAAAAAACACUUUGCAGAAAAGAGUCUGUCCAGGGCUGUCGUACAUAUCUUAGGUAUUAAAGAUAAUGAAGAUAUUUUCCUCUUAUUUACUUAAUUGGUUUGUCAAUGCAAAAAAUUACCUUUUAGGAAACAUUGUAAAUGGCAUCUUGACUGAUACAGCAUAUGUAAACUUUCCUAUAUGUCCGUUGUUUUUAAAGGAUAGUUUUAAUGCAGUAGUAGAGUUCAUGUAAUAAUCUUUUUAUUAAUGAAAAAAGAACAUGAAGAAACCUUGAAGUAAGGCUUUGACAGCCCCAAACGUGAGCGUUUGCCACAAUUGUAUAUCUUUAACAACAUGGAGAUGUGAAUAGGACCACGUGCUGCUCAGCUAAUGUAAGAAAACAAAAAAAAAAACACAUAUACCAGUUCCAAGGAAAUAGUCAACUGUAUGUAACGAGUCAUGGCAUCAAUUCUUCGUAUCAUUUGCCUUUUCUCUUAAAGCAUAAUGGCUUUACUACUGUGUAGUUUUAUAAGACAAUUCUGCGUCAUGUCACAUUCAGUAUCCUCUAUUGAAAUUUCAUUCUUGUUUAACAGGUGAUUUGUACUGUCGAUAUUUUUGUGUUAUUUGCAUGAGUAAAUUCUCUGAGAGAAUUAAUCGAAUAUUUAAACAGUGUCUCGGUUAAAUAAGUACCAUUGGACAUGGUGUGUCACCUUAGGUUCUGGCCAGUGGAUCGUAGGUUCAUGACUGGCCCCGUAAAAUGUUUUUUCAUUGUUUAAUUGCAUUAAAAGGGUGUGAUACUAUUGUGUUGGUGGAAGUUAUGUAUAAAGUACCUUAAAUUAAUAAAUUGUUGUAAUAAAUCUUUUAGUAUCUCUUCAA